UUCAGCCCCGAAGCACAGGGCGUGAUCAGCGGGGCCGUGUUCCUGAUCAUCCUCUUCUGCUUCAUCCCCGUGCCCUUCCUGAGGUGCUUCGUGGAGGAGCAGUGCGCGGCCUUUCCUUACGACGAGUUUGUGGAGCUCAUCGGUUCGCUCCUUGCCAUCUGCUGCAUGAUUUUCCUAGGCUUUGCAGAUGACGUCCUGAACCUGCGGUGGCGCCACAAGCUCCUUCUUCCUACUAUGGCUUCUCUCCCACUGCUCAUGGUUUACUUCACCAACUUUGGGAACACAACCAUUGUGGUGCCUAAGCCCUUCCGGGUGCUGCUGGGCAUGCACUUGGACCUCGGUAUCCUCUACUACGUGUACAUGGGCAUGCUAGCAGUGUUCUGCACUAACGCCAUCAACAUUCUCGCUGGAAUCAAUGGAAUUGAAGCAGGGCAGUCGCUGGUGAUAGCUGCUUCCAUUAUCGUAUUCAACAUUGUAGAGUUAAACGGGGAUUAUCGAGAUGAUCACAUUUUUUCUCUCUACUUCAUGAUUCCCUUUUUUUUUACCACGCUGGGGCUGUUUUACCACAACUGGUACCCAUCUCGAGUGUUUGUCGGGGACACCUUCUGCUACUUUGCUGGGAUGACCUUCGCCGUGGUGGGGAUCUUGGGGCACUUCAGCAAAACAAUGCUGCUUUUUUUCAUCCCGCAAGUGCUCAACUUCCUCUACUCGUUGCCUCAACUGUUCCACGUCAUUCCUUGUCCCCGUCACCGGCUGCCGAGGCUCAAUCCUAGUACAGGGAAGUUGGAGAUGAGCUACUCCAAAUUCAAAACUAAGAGCCUCUCUGCCUUGGCAACAAACAUUCUGAAGGCAGUAAAGAUCUUGCACAUAGCAGAUGUGAGGAGCGGAACGGAUGAAGAUGGCGAAUAUACCGAGUGCAAUAAUAUGACACUUAUUAACUUUGUUAUAAAGCUGAUUGGACCCACCUACGAGCGCAAUCUCACUCUCCUGUUGCUACUCAUUCAGGUCCUGGGCAGCACGAUUGCAUUUUCAAUCCGGUACCAACUAGUGCGCUUGUUUUACGAUGUCUGACUGGGCUGUCGGGAGCAGGGGAAAGAGCUGUACCCGCCAGUCAGUUUUCUGCAAUUGCUGACCAAACGAUUCACAACUGAUCUUACUCCGGCCCUCCGAGAACCUCAGGACACCUGUCCAAAUGCAAGCAACCGCUC